ACGAAACUUGGGCCAUUUAACAUUUUUAUUUUUCUUUUAAGGAUUAGAUUCGUUUUGUUUCCGAGUCUUCAGCUCAUAAGCCAUUGUCUCCAUAGCGUGUGCAUCUAUCUCCCUUUCCAUUUGUUCAACGCCAAAUCUUCUUCUCUCUUUCACUAAAAACACUGAACAGUGAACAGUUUCUCGAAAUCAAAUCACCCAAAUCCACAUCAAAAUCCCAUUUUUUCACAAGUCAAUCCACCUUCACUGCCCAGAAUAUUUCUUUGCCUUUUUCUUGAAUUCUAACACUAAAGUUUCAGUCUUUGUCAACUUCCUCCACUCUCAGAAGCUCUAUGCUGGAACCCCAUUGAAGGGGUCACAUCUUGCAUGUGUGUUUUGGUCAAAGUUUAAAGCUUUUCCCUCUUCUGGUGUGCCCCAAUUGAUGGGACUCUAAAUGGGUUCGUUGGAAUCGGGGAUCCCAUUGAAAAAAGGGAGCCUGUUUGGUCCUCAGUGUAGCAGAAAGGAAAGGAAUCCUUUUUCCCACAGGUUCAGAUCGAGCUUCUCGCGUUUGCUAUUCAAGAAGCUCGAUUAUGUGCAAUGGAUUUGCACUGUGGUUGUGUUUCUGUGCUUGGUUGUUGUGUUUCAAAUGUUCCUGCCAGGCUCUGUUGUGGAAAACUCCGAGAGAGCUGUGAAGAUGCGGUUUGGGAACUUGUCCUAUUAUGGAGAAAACAUAGAAAAGUUUGUGUUAGACAUUGGGGAGGAUGCUGUUUUUUUGCCUAAGAUUUCGGAGAAAUUCAGGAGAAGUGAUGGUAGGGACAUGAAUCUGUUUAAUCACACGGUGAAACACUUCGGGUACAGAAAGCCUCAGUUGGCACUGGUAUUUGGAGAACUGUUAGUGGAUUCACAACAAUUGCUGAUGGUAACAAUUGCAGCUGCUUUGCUAGAGAUGGGCUAUGAUAUUCAGGUCUUUUCACUUGAAGAUGGACCAGGGCAUAAUGUGUGGAAAAAAUUAAGAGUUCCCAUCACUUUCAUUCAAACUUGUAAUAAGCCAGACAACACUGUAGACUGGCUAAACUAUGAUGGUAUAGUUGUGAGCUCUCUGGAAGCCAAGGGUGCCUUUUCUUGUUUUUUGCAGGAACCUUUCAAGCCUAUUCCUCUUGUAUGGGUCAUUCAUGAAAAUGCUCUUGCUUAUCGAUCAAGACAUUAUACUACUAAUGGGCAGAUUGAACUUCUGAAUGAUUGGAGAAGAGUUUUCAAUCGUUCAACAGUUGUUGUCUUUCCAAACUAUGCCUUGCCGAUGCUUUACUCCACAUUUGAUGCUGGGAAUUUUUAUGUCAUUCCUGGUUCCCCUGCUGAAGCACUAGAUGCAGAUGCAUUUAUGGCUUUACAGAAAGAUAAUUUGCGUGUCAAUAUGGGCUAUGGUCCAGAAGAUGUGAUUAUCGCAAUUGUGGGCAGUCAAUUUUUGUACAAGGGCAUGUGGCUGGGACAUGCCAUUGUUUUAAGAGCUAUAUCACCACUUCUGGUGGACUUCCCACUAGAUAAAGAUAAUUCUAGUGCACAAUUACGUAUCAUCGUUCAUAGUGGGGAAUUAACAAAUAACUACAGUGUGGCUCUUGAGACCAUGGCACGUAGCUUGAAAUAUCCAAGAGGUAUUAUAGAGCAUAUAGCUGGAGAUUUGAACGCAGAUUCUGUUCUUGGAACAGCAGAUGUUGUGAUCUAUGGAUCCUUUCUUGAAGAACAGACUUUUCCAGAGAUUUUGACAAAAGCUAUGUCUUUUGAGAAACCAAUUAUUGCACCUGAUGUUCCCAUGAUCAGAAAAUAUGUUGACGACAGGGUGAAUGGAUAUCUCUUUCCAAAGGAUAAUGUUAAAGUUCUGAGGCAAAUUUUAUUAGAAGUGAUCUCAAAAGGGAAAAUAUCACCCUUGGCCCAUAAUAUUGCCUCAAUAGGGAGAAGCACUGCAAAGAACCUUAUGGUUUCAGAAGCAAUUGAUGGAUAUGCAUCUUUACUUCCGAAUAUUCUCAAGCUUCCAUCAGAGGUUGCUCCACCUAAGGCUGUUUCAGAAAUACCCCUCAAUGUUAAAGAACAGUGGCAGUGGCAUUUCUUUGAAGCAGUUCCAAAUUUUACAUAUCAAAAUAGGGCAUUAAGAAGUAACACUUUUUUAGAUAAAUAUGAGGACCAGUGGAAUCAUUCUCAAAAAAAUAAAUCCACUACCACAGUUGCAGCUAAUGAUAUAUUUGUAUAUAGCAUAUGGGAAGAAGAAAGAUAUAUUCAGAUGGCUGUUACCAAAAAGAGGAGAGAGGAUGAAGAGUUGAAGGAUAGAACAGAGCAGACACGUGGAACAUGGGAGGAUGUAUAUAAAAGUGCUAAGAAGGCUGAUAGGUUAAAGAAUGAUUUACACGAAAGAGAUGAUGGAGAGCUGGAGCGAACUGGACAACCACUAUGCAUUUAUGAACCUUACUUUGGGGAAGGAUCCUGGCCUUUUCUACAUCAAGGUUCUCUUUAUCGUGGAGUGGGCCUGUCCAGUAAAGGUCGAAGACCAGGGAGAGAUGAUGUGGAUGCACCUUCUCGUCUUUCACUACUUAAUAAUGGUUACUAUCGAGAUUUACUUGGUGAAUACGGGGCCUUCUUUGCAAUUGCAAACAGGAUUGACCGUUUACACAAAAAUGCUUGGAUUGGAUUUCAGUCUUGGAGAGCAACAGCAAGGAAGGCAUCUUUGUCCAGAACUGCUGAAAAUGCAUUACUAGAUGCUAUCCAAUCCAAAAGGUACGGGGAUGCACUAUAUUUUUGGGUGCGCUUGGAUAUGGAUCUACGAAAUCCUUUGCAGAAGGACUUUUGGUCAUUUUGCGAUGCCAUUAAUGCAGGAAAUUGCAAGUUUGCUUUCUCCGAAACUAUAAGGAGAAUGUAUGGAUUAAAAGAUGAUAUGGAUUCUUUGCCACCCAUGCCUGUAGAUGGUGAUACAUGGUCUGUUAUGCAGAGUUGGGCUCUACCCACAAGAUCCUUUUUAGAGUAUGUAAUGUUUUCCAGAAUGUUUGUUGAUGCAUUGGAUGCACAGAUGUAUGAUGAACACCAUUCAACUGGACACUGUUCUUUGAGUUUGUCAAAGGAUAAGCAUUGCUAUUCACGGGUUCUCGAACUUCUUGUGAAUGUGUGGGCAUACCAUAGUGCAAGGAGGAUGGUGUUUGUGGACCCUGAGAGUGGUCUAAUGCAGGAACAACACAAGUUCAAGAGCCGUAGAGGUCAAAUGUGGAUCAAAUGGUUCUCAUACAGCACACUUAAGAGCAUGGAUGAGGACUUAGCAGAAUUAUCAGAUUCUGAUGAUCCUGGCCGGCGUUGGUUGUGGCCAUCAACAGGUGAAGUAUUCUGGCAAGGUGUAUAUGAGAGAGAGAGAAGUUUAAGGCACAAGGAGAAGGAAAAGAGGAAGCAAAAGAGUAUAGAAAAACAAAAUAGAAUGAGGAAGCGGCAUCGCCAACAAGUGAUAGGGAAAUACAUUAAGCCCCCACCAGAUGAGGAGGAAAGCUUUAAUUCAACUAUGCUUGAAGUAAGAGCAUCAUAAUGAAUUCAAACCAUCAUUAUGAGUAGAUCCUGGUAUAAAAUUCUUUUCUUCUUUUGUAAUUUUCAUUUCAUUUCACUUAACAUAAUUGUGAUUUUCAUUCAGAAAAAAAGGUUGCACAUUUCUGUUCAGGGUCAUGUAUGUAGAAUUUGCAUCUUUCUAGUCAUUGAUGCUGAUAAAUAGCUGAUGUGUAAAGUAUCCUUUUUUCACUUGUUCUGUAAUUCUAUUCUUUCAGGAUAAUAUAUUCUUUUAGAGGUGUGGAAAGUUGUAAUCUCGGUAGCAUGUUGUCAAUCUAAAUGAAAUUAACUAUAAUUUCAAUGCUUUCUCUAUGCUUCAUGCAUCAUGAAAAGAGCAUCUGCUUCUAUACAUGUUACAGU